AUGCCGGUCGGCAUAAAUCAGCCCUCCAACCAAAUAAAAUUUACAAAUGUAUCCAUUGUUCGUCUAAAGAAAGAAUACCGCACGGGCGCCGAAGCCGAUCUUGACAAUGUCUUACAGGUCCCCACCGUUUUCCUCUCCGUAUCCAAAGCGCAGACCGCCCCCGCUGCAGAUCUCGCCAAGUCUUUCGGUUCCAAUGCGAAGCGCGAGGAUAUUGUCCAGGAGAUUUUGCGAAAGGGGGAAGUUCAAGUUGGCGAGAAGGAGAGAAAGGAGCUCCUGGAACGAGUAGAGAGGGAAGUGCUGGAAAUUGUGAGCGCCAGAUUGGUGGACCCCGUUUCGAAGAGAGUGUACACGACAGGGAUGAUCAGCAAGGCUCUCGACCAGCUGAGCGCGGCUGGUGGGCAGCAGGGUGGGAAACCAAAGCCUGGCGGUGAGUCACCCGCCGAAGCCCCUUUGAGGAGCGAGUCAGGUACACCCGUCCCAGCAUCGGAGGAGCUGUCAUCGCAGCGCAAAAAGCCGCUGUGGACGGGUGUGGUGACGACGAAAUCGGCAAAGAGUCAAGCACUGGAUGCGAUGAAAGCCCUCAUUGCGUGGCAGCCCGUGCCCGUGAUGCGUGCAAGAAUGCGUCUACGGAUUACUUGCCCAACUUCGAUUCUGAAGCAAGCAGCGAGAUCGACAACGAAUCCUGCCAGUGGCGCACAAAAGAACAGCAAGGGGAAAGGAAAAAAAGGCAAAAAGGCGGACGAUAGCGAUGAAGAAGCCCGUGAGAUCGGCGGCACACAGGAUACCGCGACAGGAACAGGAACUGUCAAAGAUCGAAUCUUACACUACUUUGAACAAGUGGAGUCUCAAGAGAUACUUGGGCAGGAUGAAUGGGAGGUCAUCGGCUUUGCCGAGCCGGGAGCGUUCAAGGGCCUAAGCGAGUUUGUAGGAGGUGAGACCAAAGGAAGAGGACGCGUAGAGGUGCUUGAUAUGGCUGUAACACAUGAAGAGUGA